ACGGAACCAUUUUCCCUGGUGUCGAUCACUGAUAAGAACAUCGGUCUACCUGGCUUCGCUAGAAGUAGCCCAGUCUAGCAUUGUAUUUCCGCUGGGUUCAGUCCGACCCCUCUGAACCGUUCUGUUUCAAGACUGCACAGCCUCCGCCAUGUCGCAGCAGAGCAACCUCCAAGCACCGGAUCGCGGGUCUGCACAUUCUACGUGAAACUCUGCCCAAGUAUAUCUCUACACGUCUUCCUGCUACUUCAUUUGUCACCAUUUCGUGUUGUGCUGAUGACAGUGAGGUGGUGGUGCGGUAACUCUAGGAUGGGGGACAAGCCUCGCGCCGAGCUCUUCGGUGCCCUUCACACCCUCUAUCAAUCUCGGGAUUAUUCAGACCUUGUCAUCUUCGCUAGGGACAGCUCGCGACAUCCGGUGCAUAGAGCCAUUCUGUGUCCCAGAUCGCACUUCUUCCAUAUCGCUGUGAAGGAGCGAAGAUGGAGGGACGGUACUGAAGGCCACCUCACAUUGGCCGAAGAUGACCCCGAAGUAGUCAGGCUGCUAGUCGAGUACUUCUACCUCCUGGACUACGACCCCAUCGUGCCGCCUCCGAAAGAUGCUGAAAGCGCGAGCAUCCAUGGCAGCGACAAAAGCGACGCCUUGAGCGUUCGUACCGGUAGUACGGAUGCUGUCCAAUACGGUCAUGUCUACGGAACAUCAGCAGUCAGCGCAUUCGGUGGCCCAGCGCAUCGAGAGCCACGCUUCUCGGCCACAUUUAACGGUCAUGAUCGACGAGACUCGUCCUUGACUGUACACGCAAUACCGGGUCACGACUUCUCUCCGUUCGGAGACAGGCCUCCAAUUGGCCGAGGGAAAAGCAACAGAAGCCUAGGGAACGCCGCGCCUGAACCAUCACCACUGGCUACUGCAGAGCCAAACUUGGUUUUGCACGCGAAGAUGUAUGCUGCCGGAGAUCGGUACGGGGUUGCUGGUUUGAAGUCACUGGCGCUCGACAAGUUCAAGAUACAGCUUACACGACAUUGGGACAUGGCUGAGUUUGCAGAAGCGAUCCACGUGGUAUACAACACCACACCCUCUUCGGACAAAGACAUGCGUGAAGCGGUGGCGGACACGAUCGGUUGGCACGGCUCGAAGUUGCUAGACAAAGCUGAGGUCGAGUGUGCGGUGAUGGAGAUCAAUGGGUUGGCGUACGAACUGCUCAAGCGGAGCCGGAGGGCUGAACCUGAAUUUAUGGGCUAAGUCUCCUGAUGCUUACGUGCGCCAUGAUGUUGUUGAACAUCGUUUAUCGUGGGUUGACUUGUGAUACGUGCAAUGAGUGUGGGUCAUCCCUACCUUCACUACGUGCUUCACAGCCUGUCUUGCUUCAUCGGAACUUUCUCCGCAUUCUUGCACAUGUGCGCAAUAGCACACUCCUCUCACCGCACUCGCUUCUGCUAAAGACACCCAUGUC